GACUAAAUAAAUUAUUCUUGGAUAAUGUUCAGAAUAACUCCCACUGGUAGGAGUGUCCUUUGUAGUGCCAGGAAAAUCCCUGCGAUAACUCCAAAAGUUUCAUUUGUACGAUUCAAUCAUAAACUGAGUCCAGAAGAGAAUGAAAAUAAUGCUAAGAAUGUCCCCGCCAAUAAUGACGAUUCUACACAUGGAGGAUUAUCGAACAUGAAGGUUAACCAAGUUUCCUCGCGUGCUGGGCUUGCGCCUAUGGACUCGGGUGCGCUUUCUCCGCUUCUUAAAAAGGAUAAUAAACCAUACAUCCCCAAGUUGAAACAUGAAAGACUUAGCUACGAAUACCCCGGUUUACCUAAUCAAGAUGAGUAUACUAAACAUAACAAACCGGCAUCCGUGACCGGUCGUUGGUCGCGCCACCUUCCAAAAAUUGCGGUAUUUGCAUUUGUUGUUUGGGCUGGAUAUUCUAUCAAAGUUUGGGUAUAUCAACCUGAUGAUGGAUCCGAUGCAAAUGAUAUUUUGAUCCCAACUGAAUUCCAUCCUUUCAUUAUCACUCACAAGGAGCAAAUUGACCCAGAUCAUUUCUUAAUUGAAGUCAAACCAAAGUUUGAUCGCUGGAAGUAUGCCUAUUACAACAACUACUUGGAUAAAACCAUUUGGAAUGGUAAGAAGAUUUGGUCAGUUGAAGUGAAACAACCUCAAAUAAUGGUGGUUAGAUCGUACACUCCAUUACCGCUCUACUUUCUUAAAUCUGAACUUACAAGAUCGGGAGAAAGGAAGCCAUUACUUAAAGUAAUUAAUAAUGAUGAAGAAGAUGGUGAUAAAAACGGAACUAUGACUUUUUACAUUAAAAGAUAUGGUGAUGGAGAAGUUUCUAAGUAUAUAACGCUGAAGAAUAUUGGUGAUGAAAUCGAGCUUAGAGGUCCUAAUAUUGAAUACACUUUCCCAUACCAUCCAAUGGGCAAUGUAUAUGAAAGGCCGAUAUUCAGAGAUUUACCAUCAGAAGUUGAAUGUGAUACCAUUGAUAGAGUUAGAGAUGAACACAACAUCCCUGAUGUGGAUAAUGUCACUUUCUACACCGCUGGAACUGGAAUUGCCCCUGCAUUGCAAGUUUUAUUAUCAAGAAACCCAUACCAAGGGUUUGUGAAUCUUCAUUAUUCUGCUCAAAAGCCAGGUGAGUUGAAACCACUUGAACGCUUCAUAUAUUUCUUGGAGAAAUUGGGCAGAAUUAGAUUUAUUGAACAUUAUGAUGUUAAUCCAAAAUCAAGACUCAAUAAAAAGGAUAUUCAAUUACCUGAAGUACCAAAUUAUGUUAGUGAUCUUAGAAAGGAAGCUAUUGAAACUUCUGCUAAUGAAUCUUUGAAGAUUAGAAUGUCUAUUCUUGAUGAGACAAGCAAUAUUGAAAGCCAAGAGCAUGAUAAGAAGUCAUAUCCUAGAUACCAAAAUGCCCUUGAACAAGCAAUCAAAACCAAGCACAUAGAAAAGAAAGCCUCGGCAUUAUCAAUUGUCUGUGGACCUGAUGGGUUUGUUGAUUACGUUUCUGGUGCCCGUAAUGAUGUUGAUCAAGAACAGGGACCAGUGACUGGGUUGUUGGGAAACCUGAAAUGGGACAAUACUAACGUCUAUAAAUUAUAAGAGAUAGAAAUAUACUUGUACAUAAAUCCACAUUUUUCUUAUUUUAUUUUAUUGUAUUUUAUCCGA